GUUUGUUAUUUAUUUUUCGUGGGAGUGAUUAAUCAACUUUUUCUGCGCUUCUUGGCUGGGCAAGGACAAAGAGCCGGCUAAAAUAUCUUCUCCUUGGUAUGCCAUUACUCAUCGCUAAGUAAAUUAAAUUAUAGCACGAAGAAAUUCAAUUAAAGGUAGCGUAGAAGUGUUGCUUUGCAGUUCGUAUUUUUUGGUCAAAGUUUUGUGCAAUCGUACCCAAAAUGGCCACUUGGUUGCCUUUGGAAUCGAACCCGGAUGUACUGAACAAAUAUCUGGAAAAACUCGGAGUUUCACCGCUGUGGAAUAUCGUCGAUAUCUACGGUACGGAUGAAGAUCUAUUGGCUUUCGUACCACAGCCUUUGAAAUCGUUAAUUUUCCUGUUCCCUUGUUCGGAAGUGAAUGAAGAAUUUCGUGCCAAAGAGGAUGCCGAGCUAAAGGCCAAGAACAUCGAAUAUCCCGCAGGUCUUUUCUACAUGCGUCAGUAUGUACACAAUGCCUGUGGAACGAUUGCCUUGGUUCAUGCCGUGCUAAACAACCCGGACAUCGAACUGGAGGAAGGCAGCGUGAUCAAAAAGUAUAUGGAUGCGGCCAAAGAUAAGUCGCCGGAGGAGCGCGGCAAAUUGCUUGAGAAUGAUGGCGGUUUUACCGAAACACACGAGAUCAUUGCCAACGAAGGGCAAACGCCUGCGCCGGAUAUUAACGAGAAAGUCUAUCACCACUUCAUUGCAUUUGUCCAUCAUGAUGGAAAGCUGUACGAGUUGGACGGAAGGAAGAAUUUCCCGGUCCCGCAUGGGGCAACAUCAGCGGACACUCUGCUGAAGGAUGCCAUUGCUGUCUGCAAAGACUACAUUGCCCGUGAUCCAGAGGAAGUUAGAUACACCAUGCUGGGAUUGGCCCCAACACAGUAAACACGGGAAACAGAGGAGCGCCCUCUCUCAACGAGGCCAUUUAUAAUAUUAACAGAAGUCUGCGCUUAGCUUGUAUGGAAUUGUAAAGCUAUCAAUCAAACGAAACGGAUCUCCAGAAAGACUGGAAUAAGGUAAAUGCUUUAGAACUGCUGGUUAUAGGAAGCGGUACACUAUCUUUGAACAAUAUUUGUUGCUUUUGUAAGUCAACGUUUCGAGGGUUGAACCCCGCUUUUUGAUGUGAAAACUGCUCUGAUGAAUAAAUUUUGACAUAACAUUGCAAAAG